GUCCCGCCAAGAAAUUCAAACUUACGCAAUGGCGGAUUCCCAAAUUUUAGACCCUAAAAAUGGUUCUUUAAUUGUAGCCCCAACUCAAGACAUAAUUUUAGGAAUCUAUUAUUUAACCAGAAAUAGCUCUUCCUCAACUGAUAAAAUUCUACUUUAUCACGAAGUUAGCCAAAUUGAAAAAGAUUACGCUAAUAGAAGAAUUGAUUAUACCACUCCUUUCUUUAUCCCACUUUGCUUAUUCAACCAAAUUCUCCCUCCUGGAUUUCCCUACUAUAUUAAUGAUUUAAAUUAUUAUAAUAAACAUCAAAACUCCCCAGCACCGGAAGACAUUGUGGAAUUGCCUUUUUCUAGCCGUCCCGAAGAAAUCAGCCAGGAAGAAAUGGUAGAAUUUUUAGACCAAUUGAAAGAUUUAGGUUUUGCUGCUGCCACACAAUCUGGAAUCAGUAUUUCCCUUUUUGAUUUACCAAAAAUUACUGAAAAAGAACAAAUGCUUCAACAACGUUUUACUAAACUUUCCCAACUUGAAGAACAUCACGAGCAAGGAUUUUACAAUGAAGAAGAAUUUACUAAGCAAAAAAAUAAUCUUUGA